AUGCUCUGGGUGCUCUGGCCGAGGUGGCUGGCUGGCAAGGGGCUGCCCCUCCUGGGGGCAGUGCUGCUGCGGAAGAGAGAGAAGAGACCUGAGUGCGGGCAAUGGCGGCGGGAAACCCACCCAUACUAUGACCUCCAGGUGAAGGUGCUGAAGGCCAAAAAUAUCCAGGACACAGACCUGUUGUCCAAAGCUGAUUGCUAUGUGCAACUGUGGCUGCCCACGGCGUCCCCCAGCCCCACCAAGACAAGGACGGUGGCCAACUGCAGUGACCCCGAGUGGAACGAGACCUUCUGUUACCGGAUUCAUGAUGCUGUGAAGAAUGUUCUGGAGCUCACCCUCUAUGAUAAGGACGUUCUGAGCAACGACCAGCUCUCUCGGCUGCAGUUUGAUCUGAGGGGCCUCAAACCAGGUCAACCCCACAGACACACCUUUCUGCUCAACCAGCAGGAUUCACAAGAGCUGCAGGUGGAGUUUCUUCUGGAGAAGAGUCAAGUGCCUGCAUGUGACGUCAUCACCAACGGGGUCCUGGUGGCUCAGCCCUGUCUGAAAAUCCAGGGCACCCUCGGGGGCGAUAGGACAGCCUCACAUCGAGAGUAUGGCUCUAGGCACAUUCGACUGGCAGUGCCUGGGGCCUACGAGAAGCCACAGGUCUUGUCCCUGCAGCCUCCCAAGGAGGCCAGCCUCCUGCCCACCUUUUGUUUCCACGUGAAUCCAGUGCUCCGCCCCAGGCUAGAUGUGGAGCUGCGGGAGCAGCUCAAGGUCCUCCAGAGUGGCCCGAGCGCUGAACUGGAGGCCCAGACGGACAAGCUGGGAGAGGGGGGCGUUCUGCUUUCCUCUCUGCCCCUGGGCCAGGAGCAGCAGCGCACCGUGACCCUGGGGAAGGGCCAGGAGGUGACUCUGAACAUGAAGGCAGAAAUGAGCUCGAAGAACCUUGACCUGCGACUUGGCUUUGACCUCAGUGAUGGGGAACAGGAGUUUCUGGACAAGAGGAAGCAUGUUGUGUCCAAGGCGCUUCAGCAUGUGCUGGGAUUGAGCCAGGCGCCUGACAGCAGCCAGGUGCCUGUGGUCGCCGUCCUGGGGUCAGGAGGUGGGACCCGCGCCAUGUCUUCCCUCUACGGCAGCCUGGCAGGAUUGCAGGAGCUCGGCUUCCUGGACGCUGUGUCCUACCUGAGCGGGGUCUCUGGGUCCACAUGGUGCAUCUCCACACUCUACAAGGACCCGGCCUGGUCCCAGGUAGCCUUGCAGGGUCCUAUUGAGCGCGCUCAGGCUUGGGUCUGCAGCAGUAAGAAGGGGGCACUGUCCAAGGAGCGGCUGCAAUACUACGACCAGGAACUGGUGGCCCGGAAAAGCAACGGCCACAGUGUUUCCCUCAUCGACCUCUGGGGUCUUUUCAUUGAGUAUUUCCUGUACCAGGAGGAAAACCCUGCCAAGCUGUCCGACCAGCAGGAGGCGGUCAGCCAGGGCCAGAACCCCUACCCCAUCUACACCAGCGUUAACGUCCACAUCAAUAUCAGCGGGGAAGACUUUGCAGAGUGGUGUGAGUUCACCCCCCAUGAGGUGGGCUUCCCCAAGUACGGGGCCUACAUUCCCACCAAGCUCUUUGGUUCAGAGUUCUUCAUGGGGCGACUGCUGCAGAGUCGGCCUGAGCCCCGGAUCUGCUACCUUCAGGGUAUGUGGGGCAGCGCCUUUGCCGCCAGCCUGGACGAGAUCUUCCUGAAGAUGGGUGGUUCGGGCCUGGGUUUCCUAGACUGGUACAGAGGCAGUGUAAACAUCACAGACAGCUGCGAGAAGCUCCAACUGCACGACCCCUCCAGGCUGCAAACCAGGCUCUUCACCCCUCAGGGCCCCUUCUCCCAGGCUGUGCUUGACCUAUUCACCUCCCGCUUUACUUAUGCGGAGAAUUUUAACUUCACCCGGGGCCUCUGCCUGCACAAGGACUAUGUGACUAGCAGGGAGUUUGUGGCCUGGAAAGAAGCACACCCGGAUGCCUGCCCCAACCGACUCACGCCCAUGCUGGAGAGCCUCUGCCUGGUGGAUGGUGGCUUUGCCAUCAAUUCUCCAUUUCCGCUGAGCCUGCGGCCACAGAGAAAAGUGGACCUCAUUCUGUCCUUUGACUACUCCCUGAAUACCCCUUUUGAGGUCUUACAGAUGACGGAGAAGUACUGCCUGGAUCGAGGCAUCCCCUUCCCCAAGAUUGAGGUGCGCCCUGAGGACUUGAAGGAGCCCCGGGAAUGCUAUCUGUUUGCCAAGGCCGAGGACCCGCGCUCACCCAUCGUGCUGCAUUUCCCGCUUGUCAACCGUACCUUCCGCACACACCUGGCCCCCGGUGUGGAGCGGCAAACCGCUGAGGAGAAGGCCUUUGGGGACUUUGUCAUCAAUGGACCAGACACCCCCUACAGCACGACAAGCUUCACCUAUGAACCCAAGGCAUUUGAUCGGCUGGUGGCCCUGAGUCGGUACAACGUUCUGAACAAUGCGGAGACUGUGAGGCAGGCCCUCCAGCUGGCUCUGGACCGGCGGCAGGCGGGCGCCAGGGCUGGGGGCUGACCCAGUCUGCCAUCUGACUAUGAUGGAGGGGGGCCAAGGAGCUCCAGCCCGAGUUUGGUAAAGGGAGGGGAGGUGGUCUCUGGGCUGGGGCUUCUGCUUCCCAUCUCUCCAGAACCUGCCUUGAGGUCCCCCAAGCCUGGGAAAGCGCCUGCAGAAUUGCAGCUUGGACUUGGGGAGGGCCCUUCUCAUGUCUGUGGGA